UGUGCGUGCGCCGUGGGGGAAAGAGGCGACAGAGAGGGAGAGAAAGAGACUUGGAGAGGGAAGGAAGGGAAGGAGCGAGCGGGAGCCAGGAGCAGCGAGCUGGGGGCGGAGACGAGGAAGUGGGUGCGAGGCGCAGGGCGCGGGCGGGCGGGGAGCGCCGCCCGCUCCAUCCCUGCCCGGAGCGCAGCCGGCGCGGGCGCAGGACGGAGGCGAGCCCGAGCGGAGCCACCUCGGCGGCGGCAGCUCCAGAUUGCAAAACCACUCCAGGCCAAGAGACUGAGGCUUCGUUUGUGUCAGAUGGCGUUGAGCUCCUUCCUGAGAGGAGUUCCGCUCUCAGCUUGAUUCUCUGCACACUCCCAGAUCCCAGGAGACUGCUGCUGCUGGCCGUUCUCUGGAAAACCAGGAUCCGCUUGAGAGAAAGGGCACAGGAAUCAAGCAGGGCCUUAGCUUGUUUUGCAUGGAUCAGAAUCAUAGACUAUCACCAAUAAGAAGGAAUUUAACCUGAUAUUUAACCGAAAGAAGCAUGGCGUGCCCAGCUCACACUUUCCAGGGGACCCUAGACGGCGAAGCAGCCGUGCCGGACCCCCAUCACCUGGAUGGGGGCAGCCGUCUACCAUGGAGAAGGCUGCAGCCAUAGCUCCACAUGAAACCUCCCCAAUAAAACCAAAGCCACCUCCAGACUCACGCCCCAGUGCCUCAGUCUCCACGCAAAAGCUGGAGAGUGGAGAUGUGUUCAGUCCUGGGAGGAAGUCGGCUCUGUCAGAGGCGAUUUGAGGACUGUGGUUUGAAACAGGAACCUCGCUUGGAGAACUAGAUGUCCCUCAUCUUCCUUCCCACUCAUGCCCCCCACCUUCUUGGAGAUCAUUUUAUUUAUUUCUACAAAAAACAGCACUAGCUUGGUCCCUGGAGCCUCCCCACAUUUGGAUACUUCUCUCGGCUCUGCUGGGCAGACUGGAACCCAGCGGUGGACAUAAUUGACCUGCUGGGGAGCUGGAAGAGGAGCAACCGUGGGCCUGGGGUGGGGGCAGGGGGCCACAGGGGCAGGAGCUGUAGGGACCCAGGAUGGCGUCCAAUGGCACGGCCUCUUCCUCUUGCCUGGACCCUGCCGCGUUCAAGGUCACUGUCACCGUAGUCCUCACCCUCCUCAUCCUCAUCACCAUCGCUGGCAAUGUGGUCGUCUGCCUGGCAGUGGGCUUGAACCGCCGGCUCCGCAGCCUGACCAACUGCUUCAUUGUGUCCCUGGCCAUUACUGACCUGCUGCUCGGCCUCCUGGUGCUGCCCUUCUCUGCCUUCCACCAGCUGUCCUGCCAGUGGAGCUUCGGCAAGGUCUUCUGCGACAUCUAUACCAGCCUGGAUGUCAUGCUCUGCACGGCCUCCAUCCUCAACCUUUUCAUGAUCAGCCUUGACAGGUACUGCGCCGUCACGGACCCCCUGCGCUACCCCGUGCUGGUCACCCCGGUCCGGGUCGCCAUCUCCCUGGUCUUAAUCUGGGUCAUCUCCAUCACCCUGUCCUUCCUGUCCAUCCACCUGGAAUGGAACAGCAGGCCUGAGAACAAGAGUGACAGUCACACCACCCCCAAGUGCAAAGUCCAGGUCAACUUGGUGUAUGGUCUGGUGGACGGGCUGGUCACCUUCUACCUGCCGCUGCUCAUCAUGUGCAUCACGUACUACCGCAUCUUCAGGAUCGCCCGGGAACAGGCCAGGAGGAUUCACAACGUCGGCCCGUGGAGGGCGGCCACGCUCAGGGAGCACAAAGCCACGGUGACACUGGCUGCCGUCAUGGGGGCCUUCAUCGUCUGCUGGUUCCCCUACUUCACCGUGUUUGUUUACCGGGGGCUGCAAGGGGACAGUGCUGUCGACAAGACCGUGGAAGACGUGGUCCUGUGGCUCGGCUAUGCCAACUCGGCCCUGAACCCCGUGCUGUACGCCGCGCUCAACAGAGACUUCCGCACGGCUUACCAGGAGCUCUUCCGCUGCGGCCCUGCCAGCCACGAGGCGCGCAGAACUUCUCUGGGGUCUAACAGCUCUCAGCUGGUGAGGCAUGCAAGCCAGGGACCCAGCUGGCCGGAAGAGAGGCCGCUGAGGCUCCAGGUGUGGAGUGGGACUGAGGUCGCAGCCCCCCAGGGAGCCACAGACAGGAAUCCAGCAGGGUCCGGCACCGCGUGCUCCAGAAACCUUCUCAGCUGCUGCAAGAGGCUUUGGGCGCUCAGGUUCCUCCAGAGACGCGGGGGAGGCCCCUGGGAGGAGCAGCCAGGGGCGCCACCGUCAGAGGAGCCGCCAGCAACACCCGCCCAGGAAUCGGUGAGGACGCUGCCCUCCGAGACUGUGUAGACCCGGCCCCAUGAUGCUGACGAUAACUGCUCCCCAUCACCAAGAUUUGACCCAUGGAGCCACCAAUGACCCCAAAACCGUACAAACCACAGAGGACACGCCCCACCUUGAGCCCGGGGACUCCCAGAGCACACGGCGGGUGGGUGCUGGGGUCGUCUGGGCUGGGAUGGAGCUGCCCUGCCAUGCCCCGGGACUCCCCUGGGUCCGGGUCUGCCAAAUCCCAUGGGUUCAAAGCUCACGGUGGUGCUGGCCCUGGGUCACCAGCAGAGAUGGUGGCACUUCUGAGGACCUGUGUGUGUGCAGAAACACGGGUGCCGUCUGGGCACCGAGGGCGGUGUUGCCAUCCCAGCGCUCUGCGGGAUGCAGGGAGGGAGGAGAAGGGAAAGCAAGGCCGUCAGUCUUUAAUGAACACCUUCUGUGUGCCCGGUACUUCCCCUGCGUCGGCUCAUGGCGUCCUUAGUAGCGCGGCUGGGAUCGCUGAUGCCCCUUUACGGGGUGGAGACAGGCUCAGAGAAGCGUGGGGCCGCUCAGCUAGAAGGUGCGUCUCGCACAGGACACUUAAGAAUCGCGGUGGAAGGAGGGAACAAACAGCAGGAUGAUGGGUGGAAAUCCAGGCCUCCAGCCCACGCUCUUCGACGGGACCCUGCCGGUCUCUGCGGAGAGGCCUCGGCACUUGCCUGACUCAGCCGACGCUCCUGCAAGCGAGGCUCAGGUCCGGAGCCCGGGGGGCGCCCUUCAUGCUGCAGUUCUGACCCUCUCUGGUGCUUUCCAUCUAGGAGUGGCGUGGGGGAAACGUGAGGGGCGACCGACCGGGAGGGCCAGGUUGGGGGGACCGGGAGGGGGACCCAACAGGCCCGAGGCAGGGCGUUGAUCCCGGCGCGCCCUCUGCUGGAGGCGGGGUUCCCGCGGCGGCCUCCCGCUUGGAGCAGCUCCUUACUCUUCCCCCAGGGGGGGUACCGCUCCCCUUUCCUACUUUCAGGGUUGUUGAAGAGACCCAAGGAGGCGGGGGAGAUGAGGAUGCCCAUGGGCUCCCCGCAUGACCACUGCCCCUCCCUGAGCCCCCUCUUCCCCUGGUUGCAAGACCCCCUCCUGGCGUCCCCUCCCCGCCCACUCACGCCUUUUCAGUCCCCCUGCCCAGCCUUCCAUGUGGCCAUUGCCUUUGCCUCUCACUGCUCUCCUCACUCUCUGUGGCCUCAUCGGCACCCCGAAGCUACCAGGAGGCUUCCCUGGAAGAUUCCUCACAGAUGUGUACCUUCCAGGUUCCUGCUGGAAGCUCUCGCUGUUUCUCAGCCUCACCUGGAGCAUGUCCGCCUCUGCACCCUGACCUUUGCCCUGCAGCUGCUCCUCCCCAGGGGUCCCCCUCCCCAGAUAGAAACCCUACCAUUGGCUUCAAAGGUCCGUCUUGGCCCCGCCCUUCUCCUGGCUCCUGGCGGCUCCAUGCUCUGGAUGGACUUCGCUCCCACGUGUCUCCACCUGGUUCUCUCCACCUGCCCUGCCCUCCCUUGGUCCCGCUGCCUUCCCCUCCAUCAGGAAAACGGGAAAGCUUCCCGGAUUCCCCCUGGCCUGCCCCUCCCCAUCCACUCUCUGUCCUGCAGCCAGAGUGGGCUGUGCAAAACAAAAUGCAACCGCGCCCAGAAAACCAGCCGGCAGGUCCUGCGUGGUGGGCCCUGCUGUGCCCUCCAGCCUCCUCCUUCCCCCCGCCACCCUCUCUUCUACCUCUUCAUCCCAGCCCCACCAGCCUUCUCCUUUGGGUUUAUUUAUCUCACUGCUCCUUCCAGCUGCGCCACACACAGAGCUGUUUCCAUCACUUGAAAAGCUGCUCUUGUCCUUUCAGCCACGGGUGAAACAUCCCUGUGAUGUUUGAUGAAAUAUCACUUUUCAGGGAGUCUUCCGGAGUCUUCCUUGACUGUCCCUAUCGGGUCUGGCCUCCCACCCGCACCCCUGGAACUGUCCUCGGAAGCCAUAGGCAGGCCUGUCAUGCCUGCGUGGUCCCCUGACCCUUGUCUGCCAGUGAGUCCUGCCUGGUUCUAUUGACCAUUGUGUGUCUAGCUCCUCGGAGACUGUUUGGCCCACGUAGUGGGAGCUUUAAGCAAUUUAUCUGCCAAUACACCUGAAGGCACGAUUUGCCCCAGUGUUCCCCAGAGAUGCUCAAUCUGGUGGCUCGAUUCCUCUGGAAAUCUCAGAAUCCCUCUCUUGGAAGUUUUCCCAGGAAUCUGAGACAGGUGGGUCUCUGUCAUAGCCCAGGUAGAUGGGGCAUAAGACCGGUCUGGCUGAUCACAGACCCAGCUGGUCAGGGCUGACGUCAGGGUGCCUACGUGCCAACUGCCACUGCAGAUCUUUCUCUGAGCUGCCCCACCCUCCUGGAGACCUCCCGCAUCCUCUGCUGGCUGCAGAAGUGGGGCGUGUGCUGCCCAGAGGAGAAGCCUCUGCACUGGGCCCCCAAAUCCACAUUUUGUGUUAUCAUGAUGUUCCAAUAAAGCUGUCAAAACAGA